CCUCUAGCCUCCUGCAUUUGACAGCGUCCCUCCCUCUUUCUCUCCUCCUCCUCCUCCUCCUCCUCCUCUCUCUCUCUCUCUCUCUCUCUUCAGGCUUUUCACCGGCAAAAAAAACCGACACACUCCCUUUCCCUGAAACCCGGGAAUAAACGCGGAGCGGCGGCAGGAGCAGGACUGAGCUACCCUGGGUGCGCACCAUCCAUGGUUGUCCCCUGGAUAUCUGUCUGACAGGAGGGUUGGGGUUACUUUGCUGAAGCAUCAGAGGCAGGCACUGAGUCGGAGGUGAAGAAAUAAGGCGAGGAGUCUUCCGAGACAGCAGGGGGCAGCAGCAGGCAUGCAGGACUCCGCCUCGGAAAGCAAGAUGGCCAAACAGGAGCAGAACUCCAAGAACCUGGAUGAACAUAGAGAAACAGAUGACAUGUCUGAGAGGAUGUCCCCGAACAAAAACCUCAAAUCUCCACAGAGAGGCUCCAAACGAUUUAAAACCGCUCCUUUCAAGGUGACUCUGCUGGACACCGCUGAGUAUGAAGGAGAAAUCGAGCAGAAACAUUCCAAAGGACAGACCCUAAUGGACACGGUGUGUGAGCACCUCAACUUGCUGGAGAAGGAUUACUUUGGUCUGACCUUUGCCGACACAGACAACCAGAAGAACUGGUUGGACCCCUCCAAGGAAAUCAAAAAGCAGAUGCGCAACUCUCCGUGGCACUUUGCCUUUGCUGUCAAGUUCUACCCUCCAGACCCCUCCCAGCUCACUGAGGAUAUUACCAGAUACUACCUGUGUCUGCAGCUGAGGGAUGACAUGCUGUCAGGUCGACUGCCGUGCUCGUUUGUCACUCAUGCCCUCCUGGGCUCCUACACAGUUCAAGCCGAGCUGGGAGACUACGACCUGGACGACCACGGCUCUGACUACGUCAGCGAUUUCCGCUUUGCCCCCAAUCAGACUCGUGAGCUGGAGGAGAGAGUGAUGGAGCUCCAUCGAAACUACAAGGGUAUGACUCCGGCAGACGCUGAAAUUAACUUCUUGGAGAACGCAAAGAAAUUGUCCAUGUAUGGUGUGGACCUGCAUCACGCUAAGGAUUCUGAAGGGAUUGAAAUCAUGUUGGGUGUCUGUGCAAACGGCCUGCUGAUUUACCGUGACAGGCUGAGGAUUAACCGCUUUGCCUGGCCAAAGAUCCUCAAGAUCUCCUACAAGAGGAGCAACUUCUACAUCAAGAUACGACCUGGAGAGUAUGAGCAGUUUGAAAGUACAAUCGGUUUUAAGCUUCCUAACCACAGAGCUGCCAAGAAGCUAUGGAAGGUCUGCAUUGAGCAUCACACAUUCUUCCGGCUGGUGUCUCCAGAGCCUCCCCCUAAGGGCUUUCUGGUGAUGGGCUCUAAGUUUCGAUACAGCGGAAGGACACAGGCUCAGACCAGACAGGCCAGCGCCCUCAUAGACCGGCCUGCUCCGCACUUUGAGCGUUCCACCAGCAAGAGGUACCUGCUGUCCAGGAGCUUGGAUGGAGCAGAGUUCUCGCGGCCGGUAUCCGCCAUGUGUGAGAACCACGACGACCUAUCACACCGCAGCAUCAGUAGACAGCGCCUCCUCCAUAGCCCGUCUGUGGACGAGCAGGAGACCGAGCUGGAGCCCAGUCUGGAGCAAGAUGAGGAGGACAAGGACCAGGAUGAAGAGAUGGACGAGGACCAGGACUAUGACGGCGAUGUCACUCCGAGCAGAAAGAAAGAGAUCAUGUUUCUGGACAAGUCUAAGGACGUCUUGCUGAAGCACCAGGCCAGCAUCAACGAGCUGAAGAGAACGCUGAGGGAGCCCAACAGCAAGCUGACGGUAAACCGCGAGAAGCGUCUGUCAUCCAGCUCCCCAACCGGCACCCCAGAGAAGAAGGCUUUGCCCGUCCGAGCGGUCGGAAAGGACACUGUUAACAACCUGUCUGUCGAGGGCUUCAUCCAGAAAACUCUGGUGACUUCACCUGAGGGCUCAGAAGAGUGGGUAUUGAUUGAAAAUCAAGAAAGUUAUCCACAGGACCAUGACCAGAAGGCAGAAGAACAGAACAAAUCUCUCACAUUUGAUUCCUCGUGGGAGAAAAUGGAGCUGAAAAAAGAGAUAGACAUUACCAAGAUGAUAAAUGAAGAGGUAACAGGCUAUGACAGAAAAGAAAUGAAAAGCCAUACUGAUGAAUUUCCAUCAACAAAAUCACCCAAAGAGGCAGAUGUUUGUUCUGAGCCUCAGCAAACAAACAAAUCGCGUUUUAUGAUUCAAUUAUCUGAGAAUGAAGGAGAGACAACGCAAGACAAAUCUCAAAGUACACCGUCCAAAGCCUCAAACCCUGAGGCAAGUAGUGAUGUGGCCCCGGGCUCUUGCCAGAUAAAGGAACACAAAGCUUCUAAACCGAGAAAAAAGAGGAGACCCCAGAGCUUAAACCUGGGAAUGCCUGCCGAACUCAUCUACAGAAAAGAAGGCAGUGAUUCUACUGGAGAAGAAAAUGAGGACUCAGACUCAGACAACGCCCCAGAAGCCUCAAGAACAGGAAAUCAUUGUGAGCCAUCGCUUGUGGUGAUGAUGAAAGGUGAUCAGGGAUCAGGAAAGGAUCAGCCUGUCAGAGUCAAUGAAGACAACAAACAAGAGGACGUAUCACAAGAAGAAAGCAGGGAGGUCUACGCUCUAGAAGCAGAGACGGUCAAGAGAAAAGUGAGUCCCAUUGGUAUGGCAGAUAUCAACUUGGGGUCAGUGAACGGACCUGGAAAGAUAGAACACGAUAGUUCAUUGACGAGUGCUAAAGGGGAAAGUGUUGUGAAGGUUAGAGGGAAGGGCUUAAUUGACAACAAAGAGCUAGCUGAGGUGAAACUGCGACAGGUCAGGACCCAUGAGAGAAAGAUCAGCAGCUCAGGGGCAGAUGAUAUCGAGAGUUUCCUUGGAGACAGAGGUCAGAGGACUUCUCUCCACAGGGUGUCAGGCAGCUUCCAGUCAGAAAUCACCCGGAUUGUUCCUCUGAAGCCAGAGCGGUCAAAGAGUGUGGCGUGUAAGGAUGAGCGGGACAGACCAGGACAGGACGAGCCUACACGGGGCCUCAGAAGAGAAUACCGCUGGUCGGUGGGCUCUCCAGAGGGGCCCGCGGAUCUUAACUGGACCGAUGUCUCCACCUUCCAUCCAGCGUUCGCAGCGGAUCUGGAGGGUUCGGCUAAAGCGGAACAUGCUGAUGACAGCUAUCAGUUCGGUAGAGGACCGACAGAGAGUCAGUCAUUCGGCUCAAAGAUUUCAUCGCUUUCCAAAACGGCUCCCCCGGCCCCGCCAGUGAAAACACAGAAGGCCAGGGAGUCUGGACUUAUACUGCGGAACAGCCGGAAUGCAGGCAGGGAGCCGAGCCUGGACGCAGUCAAGAAGAGACACUCGGAGCCUGUCUCUACUCCUGCCAUUUAUGAAGAGCCGUUUGCUGACUUCAAGAAGGAGCUUGGGGACAGGAGGCCCCAGCCGAUCAUGACCUCAGAGGAAGAGCAGGAGCGGGACACGGUGGCCUGCAUGAGAGAAACCCACCUGGGCAUUGAGCGCAAGUGCUCCAGCAUGACAGUCAGCUCCACAUCCAGCCUGGAGGCCGAGGUCGACUUCACCGUCAUCAUGGACCUCCACUCUGGCUCGGAUGAAUUUUCCAAAGGCAUGUCAGAGCUGGGAGAGAGGGAGCGACAGCCUGAAGUGGGCCGGGAGGACUUUGAGGAGACCUCAAGGUUCUACUCAGCCCGCCUAAUGGGCUCCCGGGACAAGUCUCCAAUGGAGGAGAAGCUUCCUGAGAUGGGAACACAUCAUGAGCCUCCUGUGGCAAAGAAAGACCCCAGUGCUGUUAAUAUGGCUCAUAUGCUGAAGAGGUCUGACACCAAGCCAGAGAACCAUACGAAUGGAUCAGAGGUGCACCCCAACAUCAUGAAUGUCUCACCACAGAACUUCAGCCCGCGGAAGGCUGCUGCUGCUGCUGCCCCUAAAGAAAAUGGCUCCCCUGUAAAACCAAGUACCCAGGAGAGGGAGUCGGUUGUGUCCCCGCUGACCAUCACAGCUGAAAGUGUCACUACGGCAACCACAACUCAAGUUACCAAGACUGUGAAAGGAGGCUACUCAGAAACCAGAAUCGAGAAGAGGAUUAUUAUCACAGGAGACGAUGAUGUGGACCAACAUCAGGCCCUUGCCAUGGCGAUCCAAGAGGCCAAGCAGCAGCACCCCGACAUGCUGGUGACAAAAGCUGUGGUUAUCAGGGAAACAGAAUCUCCUACUGAGGAGUUAAAGCAGAAAGCAGAGUCCUGAUUGGUCAUGGUUGCUCCUGAGACAGAGGGCAGGAGAGAGGAUCCUUCAGCUGUGUGUCUCCUGUCCCAGCCUGCAGAACACCACCAUUCAUGAGGACUCCCCAAACCCCUUUUUUUGCGCUCCAUAAAGCAGUAGACUUCCACUCCUGUCCCUUUAGACAAAACAAACUGACCCAGCCUCUGAGCCCGCCACUGCAUCCCGUCCUGUCCCGGGCCCUCUCCAUCUCCUCAUGAAACAAGAAAAGACUUCUGACGGAUGAUUUAUCACUUGGUUCAAUCAAGUGGAGUGUUGCAAGAUCGAAAGUUGAACCUGGUCACAGCUGUUGCGAUUUAAAUUCACUUUUACUAUCGUCUAAAACUUUGCACAUUAUUUCAAAUACUUUGGCUCGUUUUGAAUCAGUUUUCAACCCAAACCUCUCACAACUUUCUGCUUUCUACAAUGCCCCAAAUAUCUGUUCUGUGCUACUCUUAUAAACGAAAGAAGACGUAAGAGCAGAGAAGAGUUGGUGAAAGGAAUGGAGACAAUGCUGGUGGGUAUUUGGGGAUCUGGAGGUCGGUGCCACGUGGCAAGAUGAAGCCUUUUGCUCGUUGUUGCCACCUCCUUGGCUUUGCCACCUUCAGUAUAUAAACAGCUGUCUUAUUAGCUUUUUACAUUUUUAUCUAUAGAGGAUCUAAUUUAUGUCCAGUGGUCGCUUGUUUAUGAAAUAUGUAUAAUAUCAGAUGAUUAUAAUCUGCAUGAUUCAAUAACAAAAAUAGCUGAGGGAAUGAAAAGAAAAAUACACAUCCAUAAGAAACUCUGACAUGAUGGGACAGAGCACCUAGUGUGAAACUGUAAACAACAAAAAAAAAAAAAAAACACACUGGGCCAGUGGUGGGACACGUUGCAAUCUUGAUGGACCCUGCUGAUGAAGGACAGUCGUGCACUCCUCAUUGGACGGCUGGAACCGUCACUUCGGUCCCAGUCUCUCUAACAUAUUCUCAUCACUGUCCUCCCAUUUCUCCCAGUCACUGUUACCAACGUCAUUCAAUGUCUACUCGUCAUCUAUAUAAAGAAAUGCUUGAUACAUGUUUUGGGCACAGUUAAAGCAUUUUUAGAGAAAUUUUAAUAUAAAUAAUGUUUUAUCUAAUACGUUUCAGAAGUGUUAACAUGUAUUUUUUUCCCCCCUUACUUGAUUUUUACUGCCUUCCAUUAUGAAACAGAUUUUGUGGGUUAUUCUUGUGUUUUUGGACGUUUCGGUCUUCCAUGUGAACACACGUGUGAAAACCUCUGACAGAGAAGCUUAUCAUGCGGUUACUUUGCUCAGUACUUACUUGAGAUGUUACAAAGGUUAGCAAAAAAAUAUAUCUCACGGAUCCCCUAAUGAGAAAGUUAUGAUGCAAUGAGGAGAAAUGCAGUUAAUUGCUGGGGAAACCAUUCUUGGUUUUGUUCAGCCUGACAUAUCUGGUUGUCUGUAUGCUGUUCUCUGAAGAUGUAAAGUCUGAACAGCUCUCCUGUCAAUCAGUUGUCAGCAAGAUCUCCAUUCGUUCCAUCCAUUUGGAGCUAGAGAGCUGGUAAACAGAUGUCAAAUUAAAUAUCUGACAGAGUAAGACAUUAACUCGUUUGGAGUUAUCCGGCCAUCAUGUAAAUAAUUUCAGUCUGUAUUGGUCUUUUAGGGCUAGUAGAUAUGUCAUUGUUUUUUCCAGGUAAAGGUUAACAUUAGCCCCGUUUCCACCAAGCAGUCCGGUUUGGUUCAGUACAGUGUGGUACAGUUUGGUACGGUAAACCCUGAACUUGCUUGCGUUUCCACAGCCAACCGUACCCUUAUUUGGUAAGCAGAGUGUGUAUGGAGAUAGCCGCGUCAGCUAUGUAAUAGUGUGACAUCAAAGCAGCUCAACACAGCUAGCUAUUAAUUAAGUUAAACGUUCAAGAAGAACAGGGACACAGUAAACAAGGGACCCUUUAAGGUCGGAUCGGUACCCUUGGAACCCCAACAGAAGGGUUAACAAAAAAGUAGGAUGGUACCAAUCCCUUAUUUUGGUACCAUUCCCAACUUAUGACAGUGGAAACUCCAAUAAAUGGUAACCGUACCGUACCGAACUGAACCGGACCGCUUGGUGGAAACGGGGCUUUAGUCUGCAUAAUAUAACUACAACAAUAGGGUGAAAGUGGCUAGCAUGCUACGCUACCUAAAGGGAAUCAGGGUAUAUUUCGGUGUUGGUAAUUGUUACUUUGAGCGACAUCUUCACAUGACACAGUCUUUUAAUUCAUUCGCAGUAUAAAAAAAACAAA